AUGGCGAGGCGAAAUUCCUUUGGUGGCUAUGAAGAGGAGAGAUUCAAAGACAAAGUAGACAUUAAACUACAGUGCUCGAUUUGUCUCAAGGUCUUAAAAGAUCCAGUACAAUGCCCGAAUGAGCAUUACUUCUGCCGCUCGUGUAUUCGAAAGUGUUUGCACGAAAACGCCGAAACUUGCCCGAUGUGUCAACACCAUCUGACGGAAGAAUCUUUGACCAAACCACCGAGAAUUUUGACGGAAUUGUUGGAUAGUCUCAUGAUUCGUUGUGAUCAUGAAAACCGUGGCUGCCCAGAGUUCGUCAAGCUUGAAUUUCUUGAUCGGCAUGUCAACAGCUGUGGUUAUUCACCAACGCGUUGUACAAACGCUGGUUGUGAAGUAGUUAUGAACCGACACGAGAAAGAACGACACGAACGUGAACAGUGUCAGUUUCGUAAGAUCGUUUGCGACGAGUGUGGAGAACAAGUAAUAUGGAAGUCAAGUCGUGUACACCCGUGCUUCAUACGAAAAGAAAUGGACGAUCUAGCGAGAAGAUUGAACGUCGUUCAGAAUGAUGUGAAGGACGUCAAGAGUGAUAUGACGGUAGUCAAGGAUGAUGUGAUGGAAGUCAAGGAUGAAGUAAAGCAAGUGAAGCUCACUCAAGAGGAAAUGGAAUAUAUUACAAACGAAGCAACUGAGAGAAGUGACUGGUACACUGGUAAACAAAAGAUUUUCGUUUGUGGAGGGAAUGAUGGUAAGACUCGUCUUAAUUCCGUAGAGUCAUACAGCUGGCCAGAGAAUUCCUGGACAUUGGAACCAGCAAUGAAACAGGUACGAUCAAGUCAUUCAUCAUUUAUUCAUGGUCGUGAAAUAUAUGUCAGUGGCGGAUGGAAUGGGACCAAGGCCAAUGACAGCAUCGAAACUUUGAAUGUUGGCGAGGAAAAGUUAGAAUGGGUAGAGUCUCCUGUCACGAUGCCAUUGAAGUGUCGUGGACACAAAAUGGUUUGUCACGAGAACAGUGCCAUUCUAACUGGUGGACUUAGUGACGAUGGCAAUGUUUCAGAUGGGAUUUACGAAAUCAGUCUAGAUCCUCCACAUAACUCAAAAGUAUUGACCCGGAUGCCAGAGCCAAGGUGUGACCAUGGUUGUGAGAUCGUGAACAACCAGGUGAUGGUGGCUGGAGGAAUGACAUCAAAAUACCUCAAGGACGCUAAAAACACUGUGUACGUAUAUGACCUGAACAAUAAUGAAUGCAAAACCUUACCACCACUGCCAUUUGCUAUUUCUGGUGUAGCUACUGUUAGUUAUAAAGGUAAUAUAAUUUUGAUCGGAGGUGUUAAUGAGAAAGCUGAAACAUUAAACAGUGUAGUAAUGUAUGAUGUGAAAACUGGAAAAAUUAAAAUGUUACCUUGCCUUAAUCAUAAAAGAACAGCAAGUGCAGCAGUUAUCACUGGCAAUGUUAUCAUUGCUAUCGGCGGUUUUGAUUUUGAAACUAAAACAUAUCUUAAUUCAGUAGAGUAUUUAGAUUUAAAUACCAAUGUAUGGAGAGAACUGUCGCCAAUGACAACUAAACGAACUGCUGCAACUGCAGCCAUGUUAAAACCAAUCAGUUAG